AUGGAGGCGGUGGUCGUCGACGCGGGCUCCAAGCUGCUCAAGGCGGGCAUCGCGCUGCCGGACCAGGCGCCCGGGCUGGUGAUGCCCUCGAAGAUGAAGUCGGAGGCGGCGGAGGAGGAGGGCCAGGCGCCCGACGGCGCGGCCGUGGUCGAGGAGGUGCACCCCGUCGUGCGCGGCUUCGUCAAGGACUGGGACGCCAUGGAGGACCUGCUCAGCUACGUCCUCUACCGCAACAUCGGAUGGGAGAUGGGGGACGAGGGACAGAUCCUCUUCACCCAGCCGCUCUUCACGCCCAAGGCUCUCCGGGAGCAAUUGGUCCAGCUUAUGUUCGAAAAAUUCAACGUGUCAGGCUUUUACGACUCUGAACAGGCGGUGUUGUCACUUUAUGCUGUUGGUCGCAUUUCAGGCUGUACAGUUGACAUUGGGCAUGGAAAAAUAGAUAUUGCUCCAGUUUGUGAAGGUGCUGUUCAACAUGUAGCAUCAAAGAGAUUUGAGAUAGGAGGAACUGACUUGACAAACCUGUUUGCCCAAGAACUAAAGAAGUCCAACCCAUCAGUAAACAUUGAUAUUUCUGAUGUCGAAAGGCUGAAAGAGCAGUAUGCAUGCUGCACAGAAGACCAGUUGGCCUUUGAAGAUAUAGGGAGCUCAUGCCAGCCAGAAAAGCACACUCUUCCAGAUGGACAGGUUAUAACAAUUGAAAAAGAGCGUUAUAUUGUUGGUGAAGCUUUGUUUCAACCAAGUAUUUUGGGCCUAGAAGAUUAUGGCAUUGUUCAUCAGUUAGUUACCAGUGUUUCAAACGUCGCAACAGAGUACCAUAGGCAACUGCUUGAAAACACCAUGUUAUGCGGUGGCACUGCAUCUAUGACUGGUUUCGAGGACAGGUUUCAGAGAGAGGCAAAUUUGUCUGCUUCAGCAAUCCGCCCAUCUCUUGUAAAGCCCCCAGAAUACAUGCCUGAGAACCUACCAAGGCACUCGGCCUGGCUGGGCGGCGCGAUACUUGCCAAGGUGGUCUUCCCCCAGAACCAGCACGUCACCAAGGGCGACUACGACGAGACAGGUCCAUCCAUCGUCCACAAGAAGUGCUUCUGAGAGCCGCAACUCGCAAGGCUGCUGCUGCUGCGUACGCUCGAAUCUGCAGGCUGCCCUGUAGGGGCCUGUGCUCAGUCCAACUCUCGAUACUGGUGCAGUGGUGCCCUUCGUCCUCUGGUGCUGAGGGCGGCUCUGAGCUAUUCAUGGCCUCUGGUUUAGAUGUGUUGUUGCUACUAGCUAGCUAACUAUUCAGAUUGCAGUAGAAUCUAAGAUUGGCGUUGAUUUAUUGUUAGGCCAAUUUGUACCUGUCGUUCUAGGGGAGAGAAAAGUUAGUGAGGUGCAUCUCAAUGGUUAGUUGCGUAAGCUACGUUCUGCUGUUUAUCCGUUUCAGUGAAGCCUGUGGAAA